AUGAAUUUAGAUGAAGAUUUUGAAUCUAGAGGCUAUAAGAGUCUUUUGGCACCAAUCAUUAUGAGUACAUUAUGUGAUUCGCCAACUACUGAAGACACUAUUGUAGAAAAUAUCGAAAAAUUUAACUAUGAUUUGUAUGAUUCAAUUACAUCUGUCGCAAAUAUUGAUUCACUACUUCGAGAUGGCCUAUUAGAAGUAUUUGAAGAUAAUGAUUUAUUAGAUAUUCCUAAUGCAAAGCACGAACUCAUCAAAGCAAAGCAACAAGCACAAAAAGAAUUAGAAGAAAACACAACGACAUUUAAUGUGAACUUCCACGGAUUUUCUGUCCUCAGCUCUAAGCAAUUCGCUACAAGAUUAAUCACAGAUUUAGAUUUAACACACAAUUUUAAUCUUACUUUGAAUGUCGGUAAAGGUAAAAGUAACAAAGAGCAAAAAAUCAGUCAGACAAAGCAGCAGAUGGAAGAAUUACUGAAAUCAAGUCGUUUGAGAAACUAUUCUGGAAUAGAUUCAAUAAAUGAAGGUAUUAUACGUAUUAAAUCAAAGCAAGGCCCUAGUGAUAAAAUAACAAAGAGAUUUAUUUAUGAUAAAGAGAAAGGAUUUGGAGGAAUUCUGUUCAACUACGAUAAAUCCUUUUUUAAUGUCUCUGAACAUCCAUAUAGAACUCGCAGCAUGGUAGAGAACUUAAUAGAUGCCGGAUCUGAAGUUGUUUAUACUAGUGAAUCUACUUCUAUGACUCCAUGGGUUGAAUACGAAUUUAAAUUGAAGAAAUCUUUGUUUGAAUUAUUAAGUUAUGAUAUGUUUUUCCUUGGCGACCCUGAUAAUUUGCCAACUACAUGGUUAUUUGAGUGUUUAUCCUCUCAAAAAUCUUAUGAUGGAUUCCAGAAUUACAACGACUGGGUUAUCCUUGAUAAGAAGGUUAAUUACGGAUGGGAAAAGAAUAGGAAGAAGGCAAACGAACAGAGAUAUAAAGAUUUGAAUGCAUGGCAUCGUAAUUUUUCAAUUGAAAACAGAACUCUGUCAAAUAAAUAUAGAAUUAGAAUGAUGGGACCUAAUAAAAAGGGUGAGAACGUGUUGUCUUUCUUUAAGAUUGAUUUUUACGGAAUUAUUAGAGAGCAAAAAUAA